CGCGGAUCCCUGCGCGUUCACGCUCUAGUUGUGAGAUUUGCGCGUCGCCGCUCGCUGGAGGAGAGGAAAGCGAUAGUUGUCAUACCGAGGGGCAAAUAACUCAUGGUUUCCAAUGAAUAACUGCCCCUGGAGCUCCACCGCCAGCUGACGACCUGCCCUGCGCGACGCACCCGGACGAGGAGCGACUCCCGCGCGAUCCUGAGAGGAGUGUCCAGCUCUUCAGGCAUGGCUCAGCCCAGCUCGUGUGCUCAGGGCAGUAAUGGUGUUGCAGACGAAUCUCCCAACAUGCUGGUCUACAGGAAGGAUCUGAUAUUGUCCAGUGGAUGCAGAGGAACCUGAGCAUUGAAGACCAAGUGGAGGCUCUUCACCUGGGGUCUCUGAUGGCGGCUCAUGGUUACUUCUUCCCCAUCUCAGACCAUGUUCUCACACUGAAGGACGACGGAACCUUCUACCGCUUUCAGACUCCAUACUUCUGGCCGUCAAACUGCUGGGAGCCAGAAAACACAGAUUACGCGGUUUACCUGUGUAAGAGAACCAUGCAGAAUAAAGCUCGUCUGGAGCUGGCGGAUUAUGAAGCUGAGAGUCUGGCCAGGCUGCAGAGAGCUUUCGCACGGAAAUGGGAGUUUAUUUUUAUGCAAGCCGAAGCACAAGCAAAAGUAGAUAAAAAGCGGGACAAGAUCGAGCGCAAGAUCCUGGACAGUCAGGAACGGGCCUUCUGGGACGUCCAUCGACCCGUGCCUGGCUGUGUGAACACAACUGAAGCCGACAUAAAGAAAUCCUCACGGAUGAAGCAACCGCACAAAACACGGAAGUCUGUUUACGGCCUACAGAAUGACAUCCGCAGUCACAGUCCAACAUACACCAGCGCACCAGAGGUCAGAGAACCAACAGAGGAUGAGCUACGUACACAGAUACAGUACUGGCAGGCGCAGUUAGACAGACAUCGGUUAAAAAUGUCCAAAGUUGCAGAGAGUUUGUUGAGUUUCUCUGAACAGUAUAUGGAGUACGAUCCAUUCUUCACGACGCCAGAGCCAUCCAACCCCUGGAUCUCUGAUGAUGUCACGUCUUGGGAGCUGGAGGCCAGUAAAGAACCCGGUCAGCAGCGGGUCAAGCGCUGGGGUUUCUGCUUCGAUGAGGUCUUGAAGGAUCCGGUGGGCAGAGAACAGUUCCUCAAGUUUCUGGAGUCUGAGUUCAGCUCUGAGAACCUGCGGUUUUGGCUGUCGGUUCAGGAGCUGAAGAAACGACCCAUUCGUGAAGUACCCACCAGGGUUCAGGAGAUCUGGGAGGAGUUUCUGGCUCCUGGAGCUCCGAGUGCCAUUAAUGUCGACUCCAAGAGCUACGACAAAACCACACAGAACGUCAAAGACCCCGGCAGAUACGCUUUUGAAGACGCUCAGGAGCACAUUUAUAAGCUGAUGAAGAGUGACUCCUACAGCCGCUUCAUCAGAUCCAGUGCCUACCAGGAGAUGCUGCAGGCCAAGAAAAAGAAAAGCAAGAAUCUUUUCUAGGCUGUGAAUCGCAGCUCUGCCGGAGGAUCGAGAGGCUUGUAAAAUCCUGCUCAUGUCAGACGUCACGUCACAGCUCUGCUCCAGAACCAGCAGAUACCAUCACCUUUCAUCAUCAUCAUCCUCAUCAUCAUCAUGUCAGUCAUCUUUAUCAAUUUCAUAAUCAUCAACAGAAAUCAUUCAUCACCAAUAUCAUCUUCAUCAACACAUUGUUUUCAUCAUCAUCAUCAUUGGGGCGAAGCAGUGG